AUGGCGGAGCACACACGCGCGCUGCCCCACGAACCCAAAAACCAGCUCUUUUCCGACGACACCACGACUUUUUUUCUAUUUCAUCUGCCGCACGGGGAUAUGGAUCCUUUGGAUUUUAUGAGUGGACUGGAAGAGAGAGAGGCCACCACUUUUUCCCUCUUGUACGUAUCGCACAAUGGCGAACAUUUUAUGAACUCGCAUGGCAUCAAUCCGCUCCCGACCCAUCCUGUAAAUCACCUCAUCCCCGAUUCGAACCAUGGCAGCCACGCGAGAACCCGGCCGGUCCAGAACCUGUCGGGGUCUGGGAACACGGGCGCACCCCGGUCUUUCCGCCCCGCCCACCAACGAAAUUUGCACUCGCGAUGCCACCACAUCCACUUCUUCACAUUCCACACCGCAACGCAGCGCACAGCAACGCCCGCGCAAUUUGGCCCAACCCUUGGUUAUCACGUCAGUCUAACAGCUCGAAAAGAAGUCUCUCGCGGCCUCUCUGUCGUCUGCCACACUGAAGGUCCUGGGUUCGAUUCCCAGAUCGUCCAUCUUUUUGCUCCCCUGGGCCCUGGGGGUCGUAAAGAUUAUGCAAGUCUUGUGGUUUUUGCUGUUUUGGUGGUUUUUCGAUCACGAACUAUGUUUUUAGCAACUAAGAUGGGCAUCAUGUUGUGCGGGUGGUUAUAUGACUUCUUUUGCUUCAAAUCUGUCCUUUCACCGCAACAUUGGACUACUUCUACAAUGCUCUCACCAAUCCGUACGUACGGAGCCUUGGACUUUGCUCUCCUUUCCCAAAGCCUCCCUCACCGACCAAUGAAAAAACGACUCAACGAGGUGGGCGGCUUGCCCGCCUUGAUAUUUUCCCCUAUUAUCAACCAAGAGCCCUUUGUCUUGGCUAUCCGCUCCCCCAUCUGCUAA